AUGGCUCAGAAGGUAUCAGGGUCGACAGACCAGAAAUUGACCCGCGAAGAGGUCGCCAAGAACAACACGGAGGACUCGCUCUGGGUCAUCGUGGACCACAAGGUCUACGACGUGACCGACUUCCUCGACGCCCACCCCGGCGGAUCAGUCGUCCUCCAGCAGGUCGCCGGCCAAGACGCCACCACCGCCUUCUACAACCUCCACAGACAUGAAGUCCUCCAAAAGUUCUCCGACCUCUGCAUCGGCACACUCGAAAACGAGAAGCCAGAAGUCAUCGAACCCCAACCCGGCGACCUCAGCAAAGUCCCAUACGCCGAACCACUAUGGCUAACCCCCCAAUUCAAAACACACUACUACAAUGACAGCCACCGCGCCUUACAACGAGAACUCCGCAAAUUUGUCGACGAGCACAUCUACCCAGAAGCCCAAGAAAAGGAACUCGACGGCACCUACAUCAGCCAAGAACUCGUCGACAAAAUGGCCGCCAACAACACCCUCGCCAUGCGCCUCGGGCCCGGUAAGCACCUCCACGGCCGCAAGCUCCUCGGCAACGUCGACGGCGCCAAAUUCGACUACUUCCACGACCUCAUAACCGCCCAAGAACUCGCCCGCGUCAACGCCCGGGGUUUCCAAGACGGUAACAUGGCCGGCAUGAUGAUCUCCCUCACCGCUGUGCGCCAAUGGGCCAACGACGCCGCCCUGCGCGACAAGGUCACGGAAGAGUGCCUCUCCGGCAAGAAAUUCAUGUGUCUCGCCGUGACGGAAGCCUUCGCGGGCUCAGACGUAGCCGGCAUCCGCACCACCGCGACCCGCUCCGCCGACGGCAAGACCUAUACGAUCAGCGGCACCAAGAAAUGGAUCACCAACGGCAUGUUCGCCGACUACUUCGUCACGGGCUGCAAAACCGACAAGGGCUUCUCUGUCUUCCUGGUACCCAAAUGCGACGAGAUCGAGUGCAAGCGCAUCAAGACAUCGUACUCUACCGCCGCGGCAACGACGUAUAUCGAGUUCAACAACGUCGUCGUGCCCGCCAACCACCUGCUGGGGAAAGAGCACAAUGGGUUUGCGGUGAUCAUGUCCAACUUCAACCACGAGCGCUGGGCUAUGGCGUGCAUGGUGAUCCGGUGGAUGCGCACUGUGACCGAGGAGUGCAUGAAGUGGUCUAAUCAACGGAUCGUGUUUGGGAAGAAGCUGAUCGAGCAGCCAGUCAUCAGGCAAAAGAUCGCCAAAAUGAUCAGCUUGACGGAGGCGUGUCAGUCGUGGUUGGAGACGAUUACUUAUCAGAUGUGCCAGAUGGACUAUGCGCAGCAGAGUAAGCUGUUGGGCGGGCCGAUUGGCUUGUUGAAGAGCUAUGCGACGAGGUGUGCGCAUGAGAUUGCGGACGAAGGAGUCAACAUAUUUGGGGGCAGAGGGUUGACGCAGAGUGGGAUGGGGAGGGUGGUGGAGAUGUUUCAUCGGACUUAUAAGUUCGAUGCGAUCCUUGGAGGUACAGAGGAGAUUUUGGCCGAUCUGGGCGUUCGACAAGCGAUGCGCAACAUGCCUAAAGCCAUGCUAUAA